UUCACACGCCAAGAAAAUCAACUGCACACACACACACACACACACACACACACACCUACCAGAAAACCAUCAAUACAAGGAAACCCAAAGCCAAAAACGGAGUCCUUCAUUAAAAAUAGCGUAUUUUCUCAGCUUCAGCAAUGGCUCAGGUCUCAAUCUCGCUGCUCAAUUUCCUCAACGAAGGUGAAGACGACGUUAACGGACAUCCAAACGCCGUUAUUGAAGACCUCGACUCUUCGCCUUACUGGGUUCACGAUUUCGGUGAAAGCUUCGACGUUUUCACUGCUCCAGAUCUCUCCGAUUUCCCUCCCCGCGCUCAAAUCUCUUUGACCCGUCAACGGCGCACGAAUUUUCCAUUAAGCGACGACGUUUCGGAACCCGAUUCGGUUAUCACCACAAUGGAUUUUUUGGACCGGGAGAACCAAGUAAACUUCGUCAUGGACCUGUUCCAGCAACGCGUGGAACAAGCCCAAUCUUCGAACCGAGUGAUUUCGGACCCUGAUUUGCUUCAUAUUUCGGAGCCGGAGUUAGAGGCCAGUUUCGGUGUGAUUGAAGGGAAUGAUGUUAUGGGCUUGAGUAGCUUAGACCUAGAUUUUGGGCUAGGGUUAGGUUUUUGUGGGGACACCGAUAAUUCUGGGUUCCACGUUGAAGACUGUGAUGGCCCAGAGCAGUUCGUUAGUGGGCUGCAGGUUGUGGAUAUUGGAUCGGAUUCGGAUGCUGAUGAGAACUGCGUUAUGGGCAGACUUUUCAAUCUGGAUGAAGGUGAUGGUGAUGACGAUGAGGAGAAUAUUCAUGAUAACGAGAGUGAUGAACCGAGCCUUAGGCUGUGUUGGGACUCAUUCCAAUUGGAGGAUGAUCAUAGGGAUAUGAAUAAUGAGGACUUUGAGUGGGAAGAAAUUGAUGGAAGAGUUGAUGAGAGAGAGAUUCUUAGCAUGUUUUUAGAUGAUGAGGAAAUAUCCGAAUCUGCUCCUGCCCUAGAGGAUAGGGCCAGAGAGUUGGAUAAUUUGGAGUGGGAGUUUCUGUUGAAUGUUCACAAUUUGGAGCCUGACCCUGAAAUUGGAAAUGUGGAAUUCGAUUUAGCUCAUCAUAUUGAUCAAGACGAUUACAAUUACACUGCUGAAUAUGAGCUGUUAUUUGGACAGUUUGCAGAGGGCGAGAAUGGUUUAGUUGGAAAACCACCAGCUUCUAAAACUGUUGUUAGAAACCUUCCGACUGUGGCUUUGAGUAAAGAUGAUAUAGAGAAGAACGAUGCUACUUGUGCAAUCUGCAAGGAUGAGAUGAAUUUGGGGGAAAGGGCUAGACAGUUACCGUGUGCUCAUAGGUAUCAUGGCGACUGUAUUGUGCCUUGGCUUGGGAUUAGGAAUACCUGUCCAGUUUGUCGACAUGAGUUGCCCACUGAUGAUCCUGAUUAUGAGAGGAGGAGAAGGGUCGCGACUCAGAGAGUUGGUCAACUUGAUUGAAGGGUAUAGUAGGCCUGGUUCAUCACGAAUAGUUAUCAGCCGCUUCACAGCUUGGCAAGGCAAAAGCAGAUUUCUCAGUGGGACUGUGACUCCUUGCAAUUAGAGUGCACCUCCUCCCUAUGCCAUCAGGAUGUAAAUUGACUGAAGAGCAUUGGUAGAUCAAGAGAGAGUGUAUGGCCAACAAGGGUGAUGAGCUAGUCGGUCAAGGUUGGAGAGAGUUUAGUGGAAAUUUGUUUGGAUAACUAAACCUUUGUUCUGAAUCCAAGGGAACCUUUAUCCCAUCCUCUGGUAUCAAAAGAAUUAAGACUUUUUUGUAUGUUUAUAUUUUUAAGAGAGUGAAAUUAUGAAGUUGCAGAUCAUGGGGAAGUUUUUUAGAUGGAGCUUGUUAGUUGUAGGCUAAAACGUGGAGAAGUCAGAGUGUCGUGCAGUGUAUUAUAAGGCAAUCUGCGACCAAAGUGAUAGUCUUGUCAACUUGUACAUUAUCGUUCUUGAAUUUCUACUUUGAUGGUGAAAAUUAAUGAUAUUGCAAUGUGUUAUACCAUGCA